AGUUCACUCGCUCACUUCAACACUUCAACAAACAUUGUUCACGCACAGCAAGAACUCAACACUCAAUGUAUGAGCUGCUCAUACUUUAAGAGGUUCUGAUAAUCCAAAGUUGAGAAAAUCUGUUGGAAUUUAAGAGCUGAUUACACGUCGACACACUGCUGUUCAAGGACUCUCUCUGCAACACUUUUCCUGCAUUUUAAAGUCUACUGACAGAAGACUUAUUCAGUAGGUGCAAGAAAAACACAUUUCAGUUUUGGAGCGUACCAACGGCGGGAUCGAGCAGGACCCAUCAACACUGAGGAAAAGACAAAACCAUGGCCUUUAGUGACCUCUUAGAGCAGGUGGGCAGCACAGGGCGCUUCCAGGUCCUGCAUGUGGUCCUUCUCUGCGUUCCUGUCCUGAUGAUGGCCAGCCAUAAUCUGCUGCAGAACUUUGUGGCUGCAGUGCCGUUUCACCACUGCAGAGCUCAACCAAACGUGUCUCAGUCCCAGCUGAGCCCAGAGGAAAUGCUGCUGAUUACAGGGCCACUGGACCAGGCAGGCAGGCCGCACAAGUGCCAGCGCUAUGUGGCUCCACAGUGGCACCUCCUGGCAAACAAUGGGACCUUCAGUUCAGGGGAUCUGAGAGAGACUGAGGAUGAUCUGGAAGUGGGUCUGCAGGGAUGCGAUGAUGGAUGGUCCUAUAACAUGACUGCGAUGACCUCCACGAUCAUAUCUGAGUGGGAUUUAGUGUGUGAUCAGCGCUCUUUGAAACAAAUGGGACAGACAGUCUACAUGGGAGGUGUGCUUGUGGGAGCUCUGCUCUUUGGUAGUCUUUCAGACAGAUAUGGUCGACGUAUUCUCCUUCUUAUUUCUUACCUGCUGAUGGCAGUGUCAGGAACAUGUGUGGCGUUCUCCAGCUCCUUCGCCCUCUACUGCCUGUUCCGCUUUGGUUGUGGGAUGGCGCUGUCUGGCAAUGGACUCAACACCUUCUCUCUCAUUGUGGAGUGGAUCCCGACCCGUGUGCGGACUGUGAUUGGGACGAUAACUGGUUACUGUUACACGAUAGGACAGCUGAUCCUGGUACUGAUAGCCUACUUCAUUCGGGACUGGAGGUGGUUAACGCUGGCUGUGUCUUUGCCCUUCUACGUCUUCUUCCUCAUUGCAUGGUGGUUUCAUGAAUCUGCAAGAUGGUUAGUCCUGAAUAAUAAGCCAGAACAAGCCCUGAAGAACCUGAAAAGUGUGGCUAAAUUUAAUGGACGCCAUGAAGAAGGAGAAAAAAUUGACAUUAAUAUCCUGCAGGAGUCCAUGAAGAAGGAGUUGUCCUCGGCUCAGGGCUCCUACUCUUACCUAGAUCUGUUCCGGACGAGAAGAAUGAGGACAAUGACGCUCGCCGUUAGCAUUGUCUGGUUAUCAACCAGCUUCGCUUACUAUGGCCUUGCUAUGGAUCUGCAAAAGUUUGGGGUGGACAUCUUUUUAAUCCAAGUGAUCUUCGGUGCUGUUGACAUCCCCGCUAAAGUUGUCAUAACAGUGUGCAUGAGUUUCAUUGGAAGGCGUCCAUCUCAAAGUGGUGUACUCAUUGUUGCUGGGACUAGUAUUCUGCUCAACCUGCUGGUGCCUCAUGAGAAACAGCUGAUACGCACGUGUCUGGCUGUUGUGGGUAAAGGUUGCCUUGCUGCAUCAUUCAACUGCUGCUACCUUUACACUGGAGAACUAUAUCCAACCAUCAUCCGACAGUCGGGCUUAGGCUGGGCGUCCAUGAUGGCUCGUGUGGGAUCCAUGGUGGCACCGAUGGUGCUUCUCGCUGGAGACUUGGUACCCUGGCUCCCAGGUCUGAUCUAUGGAGGAGCUCCAGUCCUCAGCGGAGUGGCUGCGAUCUUUCUUCCAGAAACACUGGGCUCACCUCUUCCGGACACAAUACAGGAUGUGGAGGACAGGGGAUCUGGGAGACGUCCCAAAAAGUUGUCAAAGGAAACCAUAAUCCUGCAGAACAUGGAGACAGACUUACUGAAGCUGCCUGCUUAAGGAAAUCUGCUGAACACAUGGAGCUGCAGUGUUACUCUUGGACGGCUGCAAAACAAUCAGACCAAACUUCAUUUGUUGUACAGUAGCUUUGAAAAGACCAAUGAUGCUUUUGAUUUUAAAUCUAAAUGUAUUAAAAAUAGUCCACCAGCAACCAGGUAUACACGUAUAUAAUGUUUGUGUCAACCUGCAAUAAAAGACCACACUUAGAUUCUACAGGAUUCAACCAACACUUUCAGGAUAUUUCUUUCCCUUUAGUCUCAGUCCCGCUCUCUUCAUUCUGUCUCUGCUUCACUUGUUUCGUCGCUGUCUACAAAGUUGCUUUCAGAUUUGACCCUGAAAAGAAGUGAAAAGUCAUAUUUGUUGCAGGAUUGAUUCACCAUCUCACCAUGUAGUAAAACUGAAGUCUAAAUGCU